CGAUUUGCUUCUUUUAUCUCUUACAAAUAUUAACACAAGCAUGUUAUUCUUGUUUACAAAUCAACCGAGUCAUUUCAUCGGUUUCUAACCCAUUUGUUAAGUGUUAUUUCUUAUAACACAAUACCGCGAGCUUGAAUGAACGCUGCUGGGGGCACAUAGAGCUUGAGGGAAUGUGGUUACCCGAUCUCAAAGUUGAAACUGUUAUGAUGGCAACCAUUCUUUCUGAACUGUACCAGAAUCGACACCCUUGAUUUUUCGUUCUCUUGUCUGGAUAUGUGACUUCCCGAUUAAACCCUGUCAUUUUCUUGAUCAACGUCAACGCUGACACACAUAUAUCACCACACGAACAGCGCCGGUAGACUUUGCCCGGCCUUGGUAGACACGAAUAGGAGCAAAGAGGUGCAGGGAGUUAGGCAGCCUUCGCCUUUCAUCACUAACCGGGAGGUCAAUUAGGAAUGAAUGAUUCCGAUCGAAAUGGAGUUUAUAUGAGCUCGGAAAAAUCGAAUUGCUGAGAAAUAUGUCGAGCGGUAGACACAGUCACGGCCACCGUGACAGUCACAGUCAAAACAGCAGAUCUGCCGUUUCCGCGCCACCGCUGUCAGCUCGAAGCCGUGCAAUGCAGUCCUUUGUGAGAGUUAAAUAUGGAGAUAACAAGGAAGCUCUCUUCAACCCAUGGUGCACGAUAAUUUGUCUUUUAGACUCUAUACGGAAGAUAUGCAAAUGUGAUAAAGAAAUUGUUAUUGACCUUGUGGACAUGCAGGGUCAUGUGACGAAUCUUGGUGCCAAACUGAGGGAGUACGCUUGUGAUUCCCUGCAAACGAGGGAAAUUUAUGUCUUAAUCAAAAUAGAAAAACAAGCGGGCAAUUUACCGAACAAGUAUACGCCUCUACUACAAAAUUUGGAUAAAUCAAAUCCUGAGCUACAUUAUAAACUUUUGCAUAUGUCAAGACCUGCCAGCAAAAGCAAAGGGAAAUGGGGGAAUCUUGGUAAAAAGGGACUCAAACAAAUUGCCAGUAAAUCCUCUUCACACUCAGGAAGAGACAGCCCCAGAACUAAGACUGGGAAUGAUGAUGACAGAAAAACGAGAUCACUUUUAUCAAGGAUGGGAAUGCUGAAAGCAGGUGGUGAUUGACAAGUGAAAUUUCACACAGAACGAAAGAGAUUGGAAGCUUUUGGAUACUUAUCCCCAAAAACACUCAUAGAGAUGGAACGACGGUGUUAAACGACAAGGGAUUCCUUUUCGAGACAAAUUGCAAAUCGCAAUAACAAGUUCUUCCUUUUCUGUAUGCAGACUGACGUCACUACAGGCAGGACUUGAUGAUAAUAAUAAUUGAUGAUGAUGAUGAUGAUAAAGACAUUUAUGAUGCACCUCUUAUAAGUUACAGAAUGUCAAAAUUUAUUUAGAACAGAUGAUAAAAUAAUUGGUCAAUGACGAUAAAAAGGACAGAAGCUAUCAUUGAGCAGCAUUACUAAAUAAAAUGAUGUCAUUUUAAAUACUCAUACUUUAAAUAUAUUAUCAGUAAAGUUUUGAAAAACUCAAUACUUUUGCAGGUCUUAUUAUUAGCAUCAAAUAAAAAAUUUGGAGAGUAUUUCCCAAACACACAACCAGCAUAAAAUACACUUAAAUUAAUAUUGGCAUAUGAAUACUGCAAUAUUACCCAAUUUUUCUGUUUGUACUUGAAGUAUUAUUACAAACGACAAGUUACUUAUUCUCCACCAGGGGUCUUUCUCAGACCUCUCUAACCACUACAAAAUUUGAUGAAAGACCCCCGUUUGAUUUGAGAUGAUCAAGUUCAUUCACUAUACUUUGUUUAUGCAAUGCAUUUGACACAUUGAAAAUCUUUAAAGAUAACAGAACCCUUUUCUGAAACUACUGAAUUAUUCUUCUAAGUUUGACAAUAAUAAGAAAGAGUUUUACUUUAUACUCCUCACUUGAAAAUAUUAAAUAGUGAAAAAUGAAGAAUGCACCAAUAAUAAUAAUAAUAAUAAUAAUAAUAAUAAUAAUAAAUACACAACUUUGAGAAAAAUAAUCUACUAGGCAAAGAUCACUCCAGCAAGUUUGAGACUAACAAGUCACACAGU